AUGUCAGCAAUCCAUGAAAACGAAAUUGAACCGAUCCGACGAGAUAUGGAGCCUCCGGAUUCAUUCUCGUCAUCGUCGUCAUUACCAUCAUCAUCGUCAUCGUCCAUUUCCAUUCCUCACGAGGACAAGGUAGUCAAGAUGUCAGCCACGGAAACCAGCCCUCUGCUUGCAGCCGCUGCAGAUACACCCGUUGAGCCCAAAGCACUGCGGAUGUCAACGGCACGACGUGUGCUCUUGAUAGCUACCAUGGCGAGUGCUGGACUGCUGAAUAGAUACUCGGUACAGGCUACUGUCAUCAUGCUGCCCUCAAUCGGCAAGGCGUUUUCGAUCCCCACCAGCCGUCAGCAGAUGAUCAUCUCCAUGUACAGCGUGGCCUCGGGCUCGUCCAUGCUGCUCAUGGGCCGCCUAGCCGACGUCCGGGGCCGCUGGGGCGUGUUUCUGGCCGGGGCCACGACCUUUUCCCUCUUUGCCUUGCUCCUCCCCUUUGCCCGGUCGGAAACGUUUCUGUACCUUUUGCAGGCGCUGCAGGGCUUUAGCAGCGCCGCGACGGUGCCGUCUGGUAUCGGCAUCCUGGCCUCGACGUUCCCGCCGGGCCGCGAGAGAAAUGUCGCCUUUGUCGCUGCCAGCGCCUCGACGAGCUUGGGCUCCGUACUGGGGAAUAUUGCUGGUGGUGCCAUUGGCGGAUUGCUCUCGUGGGAAUGGGUGUUUUGGAUCUCUGCUGCCUUGGCCGCCAUUGUCGCGGCUGCGGCUUGGGUCUUGUAUCCGGCCAAGCCCGCCGUGUUCUCGCUGCAGCAUUCUGAUUCUGAGGCAGAGGACAACCAUGAGGAUAAUAGCGACUGCAACAACAAAAAGCUCCAAUCGACCCAAUCUGUAGAUUAUUUUGGUGGGUUCCUGAUUUCUGCCAGUUUGGCCCUUCUCCAGAUUGGUCUAUCGCAAGGGAAUGUCGACGGCUGGGCCAACCCUUAUGUCCCCGGGCUCGUUGUCGCUUCGGUCUUUAUAGGCUAUAUCUUUGUGGUCUUACAACUGCGCAUGGAGAGGAAUGAUCAGUUUCCUCUGGUGAGGCUUUCAAUGUUUAGAAACGUGGGCUUCUCGGCUGCUUUUGUAGUGGUCGCAUGUUUCUUUGGGUCGUUCAACAGCUUCCUCGUAUUUGUUUCCAUGUUCUUCCAAGAUAUCCUAAAACUCGACAUGCUCCAGACGACGCUGCGUUUCUUACCCGGCGGCAUCAUUGGAGGCCUUGCUUGCUUCACUGUGGCACCAGCACUAUCCAUUUUCCGCGGUUUCCACAUGCUAAUCUUUGGCCUCAUUUGCGGUAUCAUCUCGCCGCUCCUCUUUGCUUUGCCAAUGUCUCCAGAAGCCACAUCCUACUCCUACUGGGCAAGGGGAUUCCCCGCCAUGUGUCUGUGCAUCAGCCCCGAGAUUGUAUGGCCGGUUAUCGGUCUAUACGUUGCCCGUAAUGUCACCGAGUCCGACCAGUCCCUUGCGGGCGCCAUUCUGCAGGCGGCCAACCAUGUCGGUCGGGGCCUAGGAAUAGCCCUGGCCACGGCUGCGCAGGUCGUCGCGUGUUCGUCCUCGAAUCCUGGGACUGUUGCGUCUCUGCUUCGUGGCAUUCAGGCUGCGCAGUGGACCAAUGUUGGCAUGGCGGCCCUGAGCUUGGUCUGUACCUUGGUAUUUUUCCGCGGUCUCGGGCGCGCCUAA